CCGCCGUUCUCGGUUCAGACUCUGCCGCUCGCUCUUUCAUAAGUCAAGUAGAGGCUUGGAGGCAAGUAGGAGUUUUUCAAGCUAGAGCUCGUGACGUUCGUUACUAUCGAGAACCCAGCGCCACCUUCGUCCUCGUCACUUCUCCUUCUCUCUGCUCGCUAUAAUACCAUGCCCUCUGCUGAGGUGGAAAUCGAUAAUCUACGCGCCGACUACGCGCCGCAAUCGCCGGCCAAGUACGCGGCCACUGUGCCGGCCAACAGCAGUACCAGCAGCACGGCCAGUUUUAAGGCCUACUCCAUGGGCGAUGAGGAGGACAUCGACGAUACGUACAGCCAGGCGCCGGCCUCAGCCCCCGGUCGUGACUCGUUCGACUACCGCCGCGUACAGCAGGCCAGCAGCUUUGACGUGCAGGAGAUGAUCAACAUGCGCGAGAGCAACUUCCGGGACAGCCUCAUGCCGGGCCACGAGCCCGGCUCCAACCACGACUCGGGCUCGAACAGUGGCGGCCGGCCCACGGAAAUGGGCAACGCGCUCAUGCGCAUGGACGAGAGCUACCGUCGAGCGUACAACAACAACCAGCGACCGUCGGCCGUGGGCACGACGCCCGAUGGCCUGACGCCGCUGCUGCAGGCGGCCCGGGCCGGCGACAUUGUGCUGGUAAAUGCGCUAGUCAUCCAGGCCGGCACGGACAUCCUCCGACGCGACCCCAUGUUCGGCCAGACGGCCCUGCACUUCGCUAUUCGAGGCGGCCACCUCAAUGUGGUGCAGGCGCUGCUCAUGCCGCAGCUGCGCGGCUCCAUCGUCAACGUGGCCGACAACCGCCGCAACACGGCGCUGCAUUUGGCCGCGGCCAAGUCGCGCCGCAUGACUAAAGUGCUGCUGGAGUGCGGGGCCGACGUCAAUUUCCUCAAUAUGCGCAACCAGACGCCGCUGGGUGUGCACAUUUUGACCGUCACGAGGGACGACCCGACCAUGACGGAGAUCUUACUGCAGCACCGCGCGAACGCCAAUGCUCCAGUGGAUAAAUCGACGAUCCUGCAUGUGGCCCUGGACAAGGGACUGAUCCAGAUCGCCACACGCCUCGUGCGCCACGGGGCCAGACUCGACCUCAAGGACGAGUCGGGCAAGACGGUUUUCGACAAGGUGGACCCGGUCCAACUCAAGAUGCUUAUGGCCAAGGUGGCCCACCCACCGGUAUGGGUACCGGACAGCGAGCGGCCAGAAUGCAUGGAGUGCCAGAAGAAAUUUGGCAGUCUGGGAUCGCGCAGACACCACUGCCGCAUGUGCGGCCGGGUACUGUGCUCCGCCUGUUCGGCGUGCCACGUGCGGGCCAAGAAACUGCCGUUCCCGGCCCGUCGCCGCGGCAAGAAGAAUAAGGCCGAGAAAGCAUCGGCCAACACCCGUGUGUGCAAUAUGUGCUACGAGAUCUGCACUGAGGGCGACCUGCGGGUGUCGAACACCGGGCUGGGAACCCGGGCACACAGCGAUACGGCAUAACCUGGUGCGUCUCUCGCGAGCGUGAGCUUCUUCUUGUCUCCCGUGCUCUUCUCUUUUAUUUUUUUUUUCUCGCCUACGCUUUUGGUCCGGAUGAUGGCGCUGUUAUUAUAGAGGUAGGCAUUUGAACCCCCAAGAAGCUCUUCCAGACGUAUGGAAUACGCAGAGACAGACAGGUACAUUUUUCUUCAUGUACGAGGUAGUGCAUGACUUGACGUACGCGGCGGUGAUAAGACCACUACACAAAAAACACAUUUCAGUACAUGUACUCUACAAUAGUGUUUGCAUUAGCUGAACUUCAGUCAGCUCUAGGAGUUUGUCGCGUGCCACUCGAGCCACUGGAUAGAUAGUGUUGACGUCGCGGGAUCUUUGUGCAUCUCCCGUGAUGAUGGCCAUCAUUACCAACUGAAGUUGCCGAAAUGAUAUGAAGACUGAAGGAUACAUGGAUACAUGCAUUACACUUGACUCUCGUGGCUGAGGCAUUUGCGUUGGGUUCAAGGACUUUUUGGUGAAGUUUCAACUUGAGUUCAGGUAGACAUGCCCCUCCGUUCUAACGACCGAUUGCCUGUCUGCUGGUCUGCGAAUUUUGAAGUGCGUCAAUGGGAACUGCCGGCAGUAACUAUUGUGGCGAUUCAAGUUGGAAGUAGCUGAAUUUUUGUGCCCGCAAUGCUAGCAUGGUGCAGCUAAGCAUACGUUGACACGUCGAUCUAGGUGCAACCGGCACUCGGUUUCAAUAAAUUUGCAAUGCAACGUCUUAACGCCUACUUAUAAAUGCGAAAACGCCUUUAUAAUAUGUACCAGUAUGCAACCUACUACGCAAUGCAAGGAAUCGCCUAUCAUCCAACACGGUCGAAAUUCGCCUAUGAGCUGCUGGACCUGGUGAUAACAACUAGUACUAGUACUACGUAGUACGAGACUGCCUGAAGGACGCCAAGGACUAACGUUAUUAGCCACAACACAUCUAUUACCUCAAACAGGCCAAGAAAACCCAUUUUGAUAAUUAUUUUGCAAACGUUUUCAAAACCCAGAAACGGUAACCGGAUACAUUUUCCGAAUGCUUUCAAACAGCAA